CAUUCACUGAACAGACUCGUUUGUGCCGAACUCGGUUCAUUGACAAACGACAAUGAAAUCCUUCAUUCUGUUGGCGCUUUUACUCACCAGCGGCCACGUGACGGCAGCAGGAUCCGCUGCGCACAGGUGCUUCUGCCAGGUCACUGGGACUCUUGAUGAUUGUGCUUGUGAUGUUGAGACCAUCGACAGGUUCAACAACAAAGAAAUCUUUCCCAAACUACAGAAACUACUAUCGUCUGAUUAUUUCCGGUUUUAUAAGGUCAAUCUGAACAACCCCUGCCCGUUCUGGACAGACCACAGUCAGUGUGGACUCAAAUACUGUGCUGUGAAACCAUGCACACCGGGUGAAGUACCAGAGGGCCUUAAAUCCAGCAGUUAUAAGUAUUCAGAAGCAGCCAGUCAGGAUAUAGAGGAGUGUGAGAAGGCAGAGAAACUUGGAGCUGUCAAUGGUUCUCUAAGUGAUGAGACACGUCAGGCUCUUCAGGAGUGGAAGAAACACGAUGAUGAAUCGGACCGUUUCUGCAUGUUGGACGAUGAGGACUCGCCUGAAUCACAGUAUGUUGACCUCCUGCUCAACCCUGAACGUUUCACUGGCUAUAAAGGACCAGAGGCCUGGCGGAUCUGGAACAGCAUAUAUGAGGAGAACUGCUUCAAACCGUAUUCAGUUAAACGACCACUGAAUCCUUUGGUGUCUAACAGUGGAGACGAUGGGCAAGGCUUCUACCGCUGGCUAGAGGGCUUGUGUGUGGAGAAACGAGCGUUCUUUAGGCUGAUCUCAGGACUGCAUGCCAGUAUAAACAUACACCUGAGCGCCAGGUAUCUACUAGACGAAAACUGGUUCGAAAUGAAGUGGGGUCACAACGUCUCCGAGUUCCAGCUGAGGUUUGACGAGGAGCUGACAGAAGGGGAGGGGCCAAAGAGGCUACGCAACCUCUACUUCCUGUACCUCAUUGAGCUGCGUGCUCUGGCAAAAAUACGGCCUUAUUUUGAACGUCCCGCCUUCCAUUUGUACACUGGCCAACCGGCACAAGACAACAAGCACAAGAACCUGCUUCUAGAGCUCCUCCAUGUGGCCAAAUCAUUUCCACUGCAUUUUGAUGAGACUGCUCUGUUUGCUGGAAAUAAUAAGGAAGCCAUGAAACUGAAAGAAGACUUCAAACUGACCUUUAAAAACAUCUCACGCAUCAUGGACUGUGUUGAGUGUUUUAAAUGCAGGCUUUGGGGCAAAUUGCAGACCCAGGGCUUGGGAACUGCACUGAAAAUCCUGUUCUCAGAAAGGCAAAUAGAGGCAAUGCCCAACACAAGCAACACCAAUCCAUCCUUUCAGCUCAGCCGGCAGGAAAUUGUGUCUUUGUUCAAUGCUUUUGGAAGGAUCUCCACAAGUGUCAGAGAGCUGGAGAACUUUCGGUCGCUGUUGUCAAAUCUUAAGCAGUGACUGUAAAAAUCCCUCGUUCAGCUACAGUCAAGAAUCUGACAUGCAUAACACAACAGGACAGAUUUGUUUUGGGUUGUUUGAUUUAUACCAGUUGUUUCGAAAUACAGUUUAACAGCACUGCACAGUUUUAUCCCUUAAGAAUUGAGCACCUUAGUCACAAAACUGUAAUGUUAGGCAUAAAUUUUGCACUCUUAUUUGUCUCUUACAAAAAUGUAUUUCACAUGUUAAAUGUAAAAAACAAAACAAAAACAAAAAAGAAUAAGAAUAAGUGACCAAAAAAUAACGAAGCUUCUCGGGGAAUUAAAUGGAGAUACAUUAAUAUACUCCAAAUGGUUUACAAGAGGGACAUAAACCACUUGAUUUGUGCAUUUUGCAUAUAUAAAGCCAAGUUUUCAUUUCAUUAUAGGUGUAAUAUAUUUUGGAAAAUAUGAGUUAAAUUAAGCGUUGUAGUUUUUCAAUAUGUGCCUCAGCACCUAGAUUUUUUGAGCAUAUUGACUGCAUUACAAAAAAAAAGAGGAACAUUGUUUUUUUUAGUGCUGGGCAAUGAUCGAUCGCGAUUAAUCGCAUCCACAAUAAAAGUUUUCGUUUAUAUAAUGUGUGUGUACUGUUUAUUUAUUAUGCAUAUGUAAAGACACACACAUACAGUAUUCAUUUUGAAAAUAUUUACAGGUGUGUGUAUAUAUAUAUAUAUAUUAUAAUAAACAUUUUUUCCUAAAUAUAUACAUGUGUAUUCAUAUACAUAAAUAUACACAGUACACACUCAUUAUGUACACAAACAUUUUUAUUUUUGAUGUUGUUAAUCGUGUUUUUAAAUAUAUUAUUUAAUAUUUUGAAUGUACUUUUUUCAGAAAGAUAAAUAUUCUUCUUUAUUAGUAGCAUUGCAUUUUCAAAAAGGGAUUACUUAUUUUAAAUAAUGUCUUGUAUUUUUUUUUUUUCAUAAACAUUCCAGAUGGUGUUUGUAUUGAGUUGCACAUACGCUUUGCAUUUAUUUUGCGAUGAAUGUUAAAGUGUGUUGUGGAGGUUUAUAUGUCAUUUUUGUUUUGUUUUUUACAUUCCUUCAUACAUUCUUUUAUGCAUUGUUAAUUUAACAUUUCAGUGCAUUCAGUGUAUACAUUUAAUCAGUAAAUGCGUUCCUUAGGAAUCAAACACAUGACAUUGUUAGUUCCACCAUCUACCAAUUGAGCAAUUAUAUGAAUUAAUAGCAAGUAUUAAUAGGAAUCAAAACAUUGAAUGAACAGCUGACGAUCUUAGAGGUAGAAGCAAGAUUCACAGGCCCUUCUGUCCUCAUUUAAGCUGCUCCAUGAGACUCUGUGAGAUCCAACCACUACAAAUUAAAUUGUGGCCAGCAGUUCAGCCAAGAAACGAAAACACUGUUAAGACGCGUUAGACAGUUAUCAAGAGAAAUGAACACUGGUAUGUUGAAGGAAAAAACUAGAUACAGAAACACUGGAGUUGAAAAAACCCAAAACUUUUCUAUUUUUACUUCUGUUACUAUCUGCAAUAAACAUUAAUUUCCUGUAGUUUUCUUAUAGUAAAUAACACCAAAUGACAAGACUCUGGUCAAAACAAAACUUGUUUUUAAAACAGUGCAAUAAACUUUAUUUUUUUAUGGUAGUGCUUGUGUACAUCUUUAAUGAACUAUGAACAUGGGUAAACGAGUUACAUUCAUUGGCCUCGAACAAAAAACAAAGGCUUUGCUCUUUAGCGAGAUUCAAGAAUUUAUAUAAAUUUCACAGUAACAUUUUAGACCAGACUCACAUUUAUAAAUUAAGAAAAAAAAAAGAAAACAAAA